AUGCGCGAUUACGUCAGCGUCUUAACCAUUGUGAUUAUGACAUGCAUCGGUUUAGCCGUAAUUAUACCAAUGUUAUGCUUAUGCGCUUGUCUUACUCGAUUCUGUUACGUUGCCUGUCAACAAAAAGAACCAGAGAAGAAAAAAUGCUCAAGAAGGAGAUACCAAGUGGAGAAUAGAGAACCGAAAAGUGGCACGUCACAGCAUCCCGUGACUGACUCGACGACAGUCGUCAAUGUGUCCAGAAAUGAACGACAGAUUACAAAGGGACAAGUAUGUCUUUCGUUACUACCACAGUUCACUGUUAUCGUUGGAAGUAUUGCUUCAAGAUUCCUAUUCUCCACGAAUCAGAACGGAGAUAAUCACCAGUCACCAAAUCGAGCAUUUGGAAGGACGCAUUACACGAGUCCCACCCCACCAGUGCCGCUUGAUUACAGAACGGCUUUCCACAAGAGAAAGAGUACUGAUCCGCCAGUGUCAGGAAACAAUAUGCUGUCCUCGGUAUAUCGUCUAGUACUAUUAGUUGUACUAGCAAAUCUGUCGGGAGUGCAGGAUGGAGGACUGCGUGCAUCGGUCAUUUACCCGGCUUUCAUUCCGGAAUGA